CCCACAAGUCACAAACUUGCUAAGCUUCUUCUAUCGAUUUCCUCUUCAGAUAUGGAGAACCCGUUCAAGCUCAAGCUCCACCGUAUUUUCCGUUCAUGCAAAACUAAGAAACUAACUUCUGAUGUCGUCAUUCAUAGUAUCAAUAAUAAUACUAAUGAUGAUAAUAAUCAUCUCUUCUUUGAUGAGCUUUUCACCCCAAAACCUCGUACUUUCCGCUCCACUAGCCGACCAACAUGCCCUAAAACCUCCCGACCAGAUUCCCAAAGUCAGAAAUGCCCUCCCACACCACCGUAUUUACCUCCAUACCACCGCCCGGAGAAAUAUUCCUGUGGCUCGGCGUGUGCGCCGAGCCAGCACAGGAAGAGCAAGAAAAAGAAGAGGAAGAAGACGCAGCGCAGAAGUCGUUACAUCAUCGGCCGUCUCGACGAUUUCCACGACAUCUCGGGGGCAUUCAUGUACAACGGGUUGUUCAGUAGCGACGACGGAGACGGAGAUAUGCUUUUCUCGUCGUCCCGGUCGCUGUCGCUGUCCUCCGACUCCGACUCGGUGGGCGGAUCUUUGCGCCGCCGUAAGUCGGCGGCGGUCAACGGCAGCUUUGCGGUGGUGAAGCGUUCGAGCGACCCUUACGGAGACUUCAUGGCUUCCAUGGUGGAGAUGAUAGUGGAGAAAGGGAUAUUUGGAGGGAGAGAUCUGGAGAAGCUUCUCCAGUGCUUUCUCUCCCUUAACUCCGAUCAUCAUCAUGGGAUUAUAAUUGAAGCUUUUUCUGACAUUUGUGAAGCAUUGUUUUCUCUAUCGUUGAAUGAAAAUUAAUCUAAAAAAAACUGGGGAAAAUUUUGGAGGUAGCGGCGGCAUCAUUCUACCUGGAACAAGUUUUUUGAUUCGUGCGAACAAUUUGUAAGAUUAUGUGAAAAAGAACUUCUGUUUUCUAAAUAAGAUUAAUUAGUGUAAUUUAUUUUACUCAAA